AAAAUUUUUAAAAAAAGAAAAAAAAAAACUUAAAACAUAAUACAUACCUCUUCUAAACUACUCUCUUCUACCUCUCCGAGUAGUUUCGCGCCGACGUGUUUCGCUGCCGGAGCAUUCAUUCUCCUCGAUCGUUUCCUACUACUCCUCUCAUACUGAUCUCAUAAGCCACCUCUUACGGGCAACCCCCCAAAGAGCAAUGACGCCGCCGUGUCGUUACUUCCCUGCCUCGCAGCUCGAGUCCGAGAUUCAGGUCGACGAUGGAAAGGUACGCAAAGGCGGCCGUAUCGACCUAUCUACCUGCGAGCUCUUUUCUAUGGUCCAAUACGAGUGCCAGAUCGACCGGCCAAAAGUCGCAAACAGCCCCGUGCGAUGCUGGCCGGUACAGCGGUGGUUUCGGCGAUGUCAGGAUAAGAAAGGGAGUUUUAUGGUUGAGACUACAAUAUGGGAGGCGAAUAAGACGAAGAAUGAUGGUGGGGGUACAACAUCCAGCAUAACAUAACCCCUAACUCAUAACUCAUAACUUAAUCAAUCAAUUGCAGCUUAGGUAUUUGCAACUUAUACCUUCCCGUUUGCUAUUUAAUAAUA